AUGUCGGAUUCGACACCAAUUAAACUACCUUCAUCAGCUCCAUUUCCCGUGAUUAUCUCAUCAAUACAAUGCAAAAAGGGCGACACAAUAUCAAAACACGAGACUAUUUUCAAAUACAAGUACUGGGUAUACCAAGAUGAUCCCAAUUCCAAAGAAGAUCCACCAACAAAGAUGCGUGCAGAAUGUAUUGGUACUUUUGAAAGUCCCAUUGAAGGCACGGUUGAAUCGGUAGAUAUACAUCCACAAGACGAAGUGACGCAUAGCGAAGUUGAGAUAUUGCACGUGAAGGAAGCAUGUGCUCAUACUGUGCAGUAUGGUGGAUUAUGUGCGUUAUGUGGCAAGUCACUCGAAGAGGAGCGUGAUUAUUCAGGAUAUGAUUAUGAAGAUCGAGCAACGAUAGCGAUGUCGCACGACAACUCAGGACUAAAGAUAAGUUUCGACGAGGCGGCAAAGAUCGAACAUAGCACCACAGACCGUUUAAAUGAGGAGAAGAAGUUGAUUUUAGUUGUUGAUUUAGACCAGACUGUGAUUCACGCAACUGUUGAUCCAACGGUGGGCGAAUGGCAGCUGGAUCCUUCAAAUCCAAAUUACCCUGCGGUGAAAGAUGUGAAAACUUUCUGUCUUGAAGAGGAUCCAAUUGUGCCUCCAGGAUGGACAGGUCCGAAAUUGGCCCCGACCAAAUGUUGGUAUUAUGUCAAGGUGCGGCCAGGCUUAUCCGAAUUUUUACAAGAUAUGGACACAAAAUAUGAGAUGCACAUAUAUACAAUGGCAACUCGGAAUUAUGCUUUAGCUAUUGCCAAGAUCAUUGACCCUGAGGGAAAGUACUUUGGAGAUCGAAUCUUGAGUCGUGAUGAAAGUGGUUCACUCACACAUAAGAAUUUAAAAAGAUUAUUCCCCGUUGAUCAAUCAAUGGUUGUGAUUAUUGAUGAUAGGGGAGAUGUAUGGCAAUGGGAAAAAAAUUUAAUCAAAGUGGUACCAUAUGAUUUCUUUGUUGGUAUUGGUGAUAUCAAUUCGAGUUUUUUGCCGAAGAAGAAUGGGCAGUUGACGGGACCGAUCAAAAAGAGAAAAUCUGUGGCGAAAUUAGAGGCAGCAGCUGAGUUGAGCAAAGAAGAGGAGGACGAAAAGAAGGAGAAGGCAAAGCUACGAGAAGGUGAAACUAAUGGUGCGCAAGAGCAGGGUCAGGAUAAUGGACCUAAUACAGUGGAUAGAAUCAUUGAAUUGGGUGGUGGUGAAGGAAACACAAACUUGCUAUUGGAACAAUCAAUAACGCGGAAUCAGUCCAUUGAGCAACAGCAACAUGACCGGCCAUUGGCUAAACUACAACAUGAUUUGGAGCAGUUGCAGGAAAAGUCAGAUGGCGAAAAAUCGUCGCAUUCUGAGGAUGGAGAGGAUGAAGACGAGGAGGAGAAUUUGUUAUAUGAUGAUGAUAAUGAGUUGUCGUCGUUGUUGAAGGUGCUAGAUAAUGUUCAUACAGAGUAUUACAACUUGUAUGAUGACACAAAGGCCAAAUUGUAUAGCAUCAAGCCUGAUUUGACCAAAAUAAUACCGCGGAUGAAGAGUCAAUGUUUGCAAGGGGUAACAAUACUAUUUUCGGGAAUCAUACCGUUAGGUGUUAGUAUAGAUUCAGCUGACAUUGUCAUUUGGUGCAAACAGUUUGGAGUCAAAGUUGUAAAUGAGGUACUACCUGAAGUGACUCAUGUUGUAUGUCGUGAUGUUUCACCAGAAUCCGGUCCUACUUUCAAAGCUAGAGUCGCCAAUAAGUUGUACCCUGACUCGAUCAAGAUUGUAAAUCCAGAUUGGUUAUUUUCAUGUUUGAGUACUUGGACGAAAGUUGAUGAGAAAGAUUAUUUGAUCUCCACUUCUGAUCCCAAGUUGUGGUUUGUCAAACCUGGUGAAGUAGAGAAGUAUAAGAAGAGAUUAGAAGAAGCUAAACGGAGGUCUGAUUUGGCUGUGGAUCCGUUGAGCAGUAAUGGCGAUGGAUGGAACCCCGGUCGAUUGAAUUCAAUUGAAGAUUUUGGCUUGGAUGAGGCAGACCAAGAGGUGGAAGAGUUCUUGGCGGGGCUUAGCGAUGAUGAUGAUGAUGAUGAUGACGAUAACGACGACGACGACGACGACGAGGAAGAAGAAGAAGACGAAAUGAAGGCUACAUCUGAUGGCCAAGAUUCGUUUAUCCGUGACAUGUAUAAGAAAAAGAGAACAACUACAGAAGUGGAAAAGGAGGAAGAUGAGGAAGAUGAAAACAACGACCUGCUGAUGGAUGUUGAUGAAAACAAGAAGCGAAAAAUUCAUUCAAGUGGUGAUGGUGAAGAAGAUAUCGAGAAUGAGAUUGAUGACUUGGAGCAAGCAUUAUUAGAUGGUUUUGACGAUUUGGAAGAAUAG